AUGGAGCUGCGGACGGUCCGUGGGGGGAGUAGGGAUAGAGCUUUAACAUUUCAUUUUGAAUGGGAUUUAGAAGAAGAACGUCGGACAUUGAAAGAAGACCAAAAAAUAUGUCGGAAUAGGGCACAGAAAUAUUUGAUAGAGACAAACAGAAGAAGAAGAGCCUUUGAAGAAAGACGGAAGCAAGAAGAAGAAAAAGAACAGAAAAUUAGAGAACAAAUCCUGCAGCAGAGAAAAAUUAAACUUCAGGAAGCAACUGAUAAGUUCCAGCAUGCUCAUCGGCCUUUUGCUCAGUACAAGCAAAUAGCUCUAAUCCCUCUAGUCCAGACAAAAGCAGCUUUUCAGUUAGAAGAAGCUCUUGUACAAAUUAAAGGAGCAGUUGUAACACCAGGAUUGUGCUUGCCCAGCAAAACCAAAACCAACAUCAGAACCACAGAUGACACUUCAUCCUCAUCAGCAUCUAGAAACAGUUCUUUCCAUCAGAAGCAGAUUUCAGCAAUGGUUGGCUGGGAUAAAACAAUACAAGAGAGCUGUAGAACAAACAUGGAUAGUAACCAACUUCUCUUCCAGAAAAAUCUGAAAGAAAUGCAACAACUCCUUGAAAAACAGCAUCUGAGCAACUCAGAGAAUUUUCAGCAAGAAGUCGAGAAAACAGAUGAUUCAGAGAGCCUGUCAAGCCUUGACAGUCUUGAGGCUGGAGAACAAAAUGGAAAUUACGCAACACAGAAUGAAUCAUCUUUGACUACACGGUGUGACUGUGCCCUGUACAAUCCAGAAAAAUCACAGACUAGAAAUAAUGGUUUGCUUUACACAGCUCAAAGCACUUCUUUUAAAAAUACACAUCUAAAUAAUUGUCUGAGAAAUACAGAUUCACAAUACUACCACAAUUUACCUACUCAUGAUCUCUUAGAUAAACACAAUGUUCUAACUCCUGCUGAACAUGUAAACAAUUCAGAAGAGGAAUCCUCUACUUCUCACAGCUCUGGAGAAAAACCUGCAGAGUUCUCUACCUCUGGUAAGCAAGAAAGCUCUGGAAGAAAUGCAUUUACUUCUCAGCAAAAUAUAAAAGAUAGAAACAAGCCAUCUUCUGGAUCAGCUAGCACAUUAGCCACUGAUCAUCCUGUUUUCAAUCCUGACAAAGACUGGGCUAACCCUGAUUCUAUUCCAGGAGGAAGAGUUCAGGAUCUGAUGCAAGAAGAGAGUUUUAAAAUGAUCCCACAAAAAAGAACUAUAUCUGUGCAAACCUCCAGUCAACCUAUUGCAACAUCUACAAUCUUAUUUCCUAAUCAGGGAUGUUCCACUGGCAUUCCCAGCACAGCUGGUAUAUUACCAAAGGACAAAAACAUCAGUGCAGCAUUUAUAAAAAAUACCUUGGGUAAAAUGGCUGAAACAAAAGAAGAAAAUAAUAAAUGUAUUGAUGACAUUAACCCAAUAUCAUCUUUGUAUCAGUACAUACCAAAUUCCUCAGUUCUGCGCUGUGGCAAGCAACAGAAUAACAAUGAGCAAGAAAAGAGAAAUACAGUUGAAACUACAGUGUCUGAUACAGACUUCAAUUCUGGCAUUCCCACACAGCAUAAAACCCUGAAAAACAACAUUCUUGGGAAAAAAAGAGCAAAGUUAUUCAGAAGUAUCUUAAAGAACAAUUCUAAAUAUGAACACACUGAUUUCAAAUCUAUUACCAUGAACCAUGGAAUCAAUUUUGGAACUCAACCAAUGUCUUCUAUCAGAGACAGUUUAGAACUGGCAAAAAGAAAAAAGAAAAGUGCAGAAAAUGAAAAAUACAAUAGAAAGCUAAGAUGGUGUGAUGAGAUUAGCCAGAUAAUAAUAGAAAAUAAUGACAAAUGCUAUGAAAAAAACACCAGUGAAAGAUCUUCUGCACAGCUGCAAUAUGUUCAAACUUCAAAUAAUGCUCCUAAGACUAAUUUAAGUUUUGUUGCUCAACCUUCAAACCAGGAAGACUUUCUUAUAUCAAAACCAAAUGUUAAUACUGAAGAUUCAAAUGAAGAAUUCACAUCUCUGAAUACGUGUGUGUCCACUGGAGCCUUUUCUACUAAAAAAGCUUGCAUGGUAUCAAAAGAUGAAGAAAGUAAUCCCCUAAUAUGUAGUAAUAAUUCUAAAAUUAAUGAGAGUAAUCAGCUCAAAAACAAAGCAAAAAUAACUAGAAGAACAACAUCCAUAAGAGCCCAGUCAAGUUUUAUACCUGGUAAGAGAAGAGGCAUUAUAAUCCAGCCACAGACAGCCACUGAAGCCAACAGAACUCAAAGAGCUCCAGGGAAACUGCUAGCACCUCACCCACCAUCUGCACCUCUGCCAGGAAGAAGUGGUAAAAAUGAAGCUAGCCCUGGGUGUCAGCCACUACUGCAUCCAAGUCUUCAAGCUACCACUACAAGCAGGAAUGCUUUAAAUGAAAGGCACAUUGUCUUAGCAGAUCGUGCUUUAAAUAGAAAGGGUACAGAAGACAGUGAGGGUAUUCCUUGUCCUUCUGACACGGGCACUGUGAUACCUACACCUGGCUGCAGUAUGGCCAAAUACGAACCUUGGGCAAAACGUACUUGUUCUGUAAAUAGUGUCCAGACGAGUGCCUGUCACAAUUGUUCAGCAACCUGCACUGAAAGAAGACCUGUUAAUGCAGAAAAGAGAUUACAUCUCCAUCACAGCCCAGCAGCUGGAAAAACAAGUACCUCCUGGCAAGGAGCACACACUGCCCAAGCUCCGAAAGACUCUGCUACUGGUGUUGGUCCUGUUAGAAGACAAAAGCAGGGUUUUGACAACCAUGAAAAUAAACACAGAGCUUUUUCAGAAGACAGAAGACAAAGUGUAGCCUCUACAAGACAGAAGCCUACUCAUCAUGCACAGAAUUCAUUAGCUACUGUCCAGCUGAGUCCUGUUCAGUCUGCAUUUGAUGCAGUACACAAUAUGAGUAACACCUACAAGUCUAACGAAGUUUCAGAAAGCACUGUUCAGUUUCUUGUAGCAGAAAAACUAGCAAGUACACCUGUUGCAGAGGAUGACAUCCUGGCAGCUAUGGAAAGCGUGCACGCAGCCAGACAGCCCUUACUGUUUAACAGGGCUCCAUGUCCACGGAUGACUGCACUUUCAGUAGAAGAACAGAAGAUUUUCCAGUCUCUUGAUCAUCUCAAUCAAAGGCUCCAGAAUGUUCAAGAAGCCAUUGCCAGAAACCAAUCUGCUUCAGAUGUUUUGCAGAUAACCACGCCUUUAUCAAUCAAAAUGAAAAGAAACGCAUUAUUAGAUCCACACCUGGAUUUUGAAGAAGCUAAACUUGACAGAAAGGCUGUUAUUGUGGGAAGAGCUAGAAAGCACAGUCUCACUAUUCCCAAACGGCACAACGCUCCAGGAAGCAAGAUGCAUCCUGAUUCAUUGGAGCUUCGUAAUUCAUAA